GGGGCGGGGCCGCACCCGCCUUUCUGCCCGCGCCGCCGGCCCAAGCGGGGCUGCGCCGGGGGGUCCGCGGUGGGCUAGCGCGGGGCUCCGAGGCCGACGGGGGGAGGACGACCCGCAAGGCGAGGGCGCGCAGCAGAUCUCCGGGGCCAUGCAGGGCAGCUCGCGCCGGGCGGGCGCCAUGACGGACGUCCACCGGCGCUUCCUGCAGCUGCUGAUGACGCACGGGGUGCUGGAGGAGUGGGAGGUGAAGCGUCUGCAGAAGCACUGCUACCGGGUCCACGACAGCAGUGCUGCCGUGGAGAGGUUGGAGGACUUCAUCAACACCAUCAACGGUGCUCUGGGGUCCCUGUACAUCGAGAUCAAGAAGGGGCUCACCGAGGAUGACGGGAGGCCAGUCUAUGCGCUGGUCAACCUCGCCACGACCCCCAUCUCCAAAAUGGCGUCAGACUUUGCGGAGAAUGAGCUGGAUCUGUUCCGGAAGGCUCUGGAGCUGAUCCUCGAGUCGGACACCGGCUUUGCAUCCUCCACGAAUAUUCUGAACCUGGUCGAUAAACUGAAGGGCAAGAAGAUGCGGAAGAAGGAGGCCGAGCAGGUGCUCCAGAAGUUCGUUCAGAACAAGUGGCUGGUCGAGAAGGAAGGGGAGUUCACCCUGCACAGCCGGGCCAUCCUGGAGAUGGAGCAGUACAUCCGGGAGACCUUCGCCGACGCUGUGAAGGUGUGCAACAUCUGCCACAGCCUCCUCAUCCAGGGCCAGACCUGCGGGACCUGUGGCAUCCGGAUGCACCUGCCGUGCGUGGCCAAGUACUUCCAGGCCAACCCCGAGCCGAGGUGCCCCAACUGUGACGACCGCUGGCGCCACGAGGUCCCAGAGGUCUUCGACCCCGAGCGGGAGAGGGAGGCCAGCGCCCCCAGGCCCACCCGGAAGUCCCUGCGGUCCAGGCAGCAUUAGCAGCGUUGCAUGAGGCCUUGCCGGGGAGACAUCGGCGUCCCCCUGC